GGCAGUCCCACCACCCACACCAUGCUGGGCAUCGCGGUCCUCGCUGCGCUCCUGGCCUUUGCCUCCAGCUGCGGGGUCCCCAGCUUCCCGCCGAAUGUGUCUGCCAGGGUGGUCGGGGGAGACAACGCCGUGGCCCACAGCUGGCCCUGGCAGAUCUCCCUGCAGUACCUCAAGGACAGCGAGUGGAGGCACACGUGUGGCGGCUCCUUGAUCAGCAGCCAGCACGUCCUCACCGCCGCCCACUGCAUUGACAAAUCCCUGACCUACCGCGUGGCCCUGGGCAAGAGCAACCUGACAGAGCCGGACGAGGAGGGCUCGGUGACCGUGGGCGUGGACGCCAUCCACGUGCAUGAGAAGUGGAACGCCCUCCUGGUGCACAACGACAUCGCCAUCAUCAAGCUGGCAGCUUCCCAGGGCGGGCGCCUCUCCCACGCCCUCGCCCUCCCGCGGGCUGAGCGCGUCCCCAUGAAACUCCAGCGGGACUCAGAGGUGAAACGCAACCGCAGGAGUCUUAGGGAGAUGCAGGACUGGGACCCCUGCUCGGCCGUGUCCCUGCUCACCGACCGCCCUCUCUCCCCAGCCAACGGCCCCAUUGCCGACGUGCUGCAGCAGGGUCUGCAGCCCGUGGUGGACCACGCCACGUGCUCCAAGUGGUCCUGGUGGGGCUUCCGGGUGACAAACAAGAUGAUUUGCGCCGGUGGCGACGGUAUCAUCUCCGCCUGCAAUGGUGACUCGGGCGGCCCGCUGAACUGCCAAGCGGAGAACGGGUCCUGGAAGGUGCACGGCAUCGUCAGCUUCGGCUCCCCACUGGGCUGCAACACCCGCCAGAAGCCAGUGGUCUUCACCCGCGUGUCUGCCUACACCACCUGGAUCGACCAGAAGCUGCAGCUGUGAUUCCUCCAGGAGCCCCGGCCACCAACCCUGCAACAAUAAAACCUCCGUCCCAGAAGCCUG